AUGGCGAUCCAGACUGCUCGUAUGGUCCAGCUAAGUGGCAUAUUUGGGUUGCCUGUGGCCUCUACAUCCAAGGUCACCACCAGCACCUCCGAUCGUGCGUAUGCCAAAAGGAUCGCUGUCACGGCUUCCGCUGAUAACGAGGGUAUCUCGCGGCGAGCAGUCAUCACCAGUGGCUCGGCCUUGCUCGCAUCGCUUGUAGCCUCAGCUGCCACGACUGACGCUGCGUUCGCCUCGGACAGAAUCAACGCGCGCAAGGCGAUUCUUGACAAACUCCGCUCGCUCCGCGAAGAAGCCCUCGCUCCCGAACCUGAGCCAGAGCCUGUCCCAGAGCCCGAACCAGUCUCCGAGUCCUCGAUUGAACCUGUUCCGGAGAGCGAGGAGGCUGAAAGCGUUGCUGAGCCUUCCCUGGAAGCGUCUUCGUCGGACGACUCAUCAGUCGCCGAUCUGGCUGAAGCAGAGUUGGCUGACGUCGCAACAGUCGCAGACAUUUCCAAGGUGGAUGCCGCUGCCUCCCCUGCCGUGCCGUCGUUGGACGCGGAGGUUGCUAUCGCCGCGUAA